CGGUACUCCCAUCGCUACGGCGACACAUAAGGACAGGUGGGAACGAUGACAAGGCAUCUGCAGUGAUGCAAUGCCAGACCCUCUCCUCUGCGGAUUCCGUUUCCGUACGGCUCAUUAAGGAUCCCCAUUAGUCAUGCCGACAGAGUAUUUGGUUGUGCAGUGCUAUAGCUGCGGGAUGCACCAGUGCAUUCAGGUGACGGAUGCAUCCAUCAAAAAGAGUGCAGACAUCUGUGUACGUCUGCAUCUGUGCGUACGUGUUUGCCAUACUCAGGCGGUGAAGAGUAGGAAGUUCAGUUGCAAGAUCUGCCACGAGAAGCAGAGCAUUCAGAAGGUAUCUACAGCCGAUAUAUAAGACCAUCACACUGAGUCUCCUCCUUCCCGCCUCCCUGCCUCUCUCAUUUUGCUGCAUGCGUGGUGCAUCUGUCUGUUUUUGGUGGUGCCCUGCAGGUGCUCGACUCGUCCACCAACCCGGCCGACCUCCGGCCCGUCAUCCAGCAGCUCAACUCGCACCUAGGGCAGAUACACCAGCAGAUGAGGGAGGAGAGAAAUCGCCAAAUCGACGAGUACCAGCGGCCGUCAGACAUGAUGAUGGGGGUGCAGCCGGCGGCUGCCAGCGAGCCAGCAGCAGCAGCCCCAAACGCGCCCCUCCUCCUGGCGGGAUCUGCCGGUGCAUCUGCAUCAUCUCGCUGGGCCCAGUAUCUUGAUGAAGACCAGGCGGCGCAACCCCCUCCCCCACCGCCCCCCUCCCCGCCUCUGUCGCCAAUCGGGCAGCGCAACUACAGGGGCAGAGGCAGGGGGCGUGGGAGGGGCAGGGGCGCAGGCUACCGCCGCAAACAGGAUGGAGUGGAUGGCCAUGACGAUGACCUGCAGCCAUACAAGAGGGUCAAGAGGAGCGGCGGCGAUAAUGCCGACGAUUUUGAGUCGUUCUUGGCGGCCGGUGGGGAUGGGAUGGACAUCGGAGGGGGUGAAAGGGAGGCUGCUGGUUCAUGGAGGGGAUUUGGCGGCAAUGGCGGGUUUGGCCCGCAGGGCAGCGCUGCGCCGGGUCCCCAAUAUGGGAAUAGCGACGCUGCAGGGGCUGGGCCCAAUGCAGGGAGCAGGUACAUGAAGGGACAUGUGCGCGUGACGGUUUCCUCUUUCCUGCUCCUUGUGUGUGCAUUGCGUAUCCAGGUGGGGCCGCUUCCUGUGAGAGAUAUCUAAGAUACACACGAGGGAGGGUGCCCGAUGCUCGAUUCAGUGCAUGCCAUGGGUCAGACGUCGUUGUAUCAGAAUUCAGAAUUCAUUCAUGCUGCGUUGCGUGGCUGUGACGAUCUACAUGGUGACGAUGUGUGACGUGUUUUCGUG